AUGGCGGAAGGGAGGCAAAAGGAGCCAUUGAGUCUCAAUCAACGCCACUAUCGCUUUCUUGGUGACCUAUCCGCUUCCCAAACUAGGCACAAAACUGAUGCAGAUGAUACUGGAUCGAGUGUGAAUCCUGAAAUAGCAUUUGACGAUGUUCCUCGAUUUGAUUUCGAUUCUCCUCCACUUCCUCGUCAAGUGGAUCUUGAAGAACCUGUGUGGAAGCAUAAGGGUUCGUCUCCCAGGCUCUUUGCUGGGAUUGCAGAUUUUGAUUCGCCGUCUUCCACGCUUGCUUCUGGAAUACAUAAAAGUAGCAAGAUUACUGAAGAAGAUGGCUAUUCUUCCGAAGCUGAUCCGAUUAUUUCUGACCCGGACAAGUGUAAUUCCCACCUUCCAGUCGAUGUGGAACUCGAGACAGAGGAGCUACAGAGUAGUGAAAUGCCUGCAGAAGUAGUUGAUGCUGCCAAGACAAAAUCCUCAUUAUCUUGUAAUGCUGAUUUUGAUUCCAGUUUUCCUGGGGAAGAAAAGCAAACAAAAGUGAGAAUUGAAGGAAGGCGUCGCCUCUGCAAAAUUUCAGAGAGAAACAAAAGUGAUAAUGUGGCAGUUAAGAGUCUUGUAAGCACUGAAAGACCAAAACAUGAUGGUAUUUCGGAUUUUGAUUCCCCUCUUCAGGUGAAUAAACCACAUGACAAUAAUGGAAAUGAAAUAAGAGAUAUCUUGAAUGAUUUGAGUUCAAGGCUUGAGUUUCUUUCCAUUGAGAAGAAAAGGGUUCCUAAGAAAGUUGAUUUGACCGAGGAUUUCGAGGACUCAUUUAGAAGCAAGUUAUAUGAUGUGACUGUGAAAGAGGGAGACCCUGAAUAUCAGACUGCCACUUCUUCGAAUGUGCUUUUCUCUGAUUCCCCAGUGGAGGAAAUUGGGUCAAAAGUUGAAGCUGUUAUUUUCAACGACUGCUCGGAAAAAACUUAUUUUGCUGACAGGAAGGAGAAUGGUGAUGUUGGUAAGACGAAUAGAAUCAUGCAUAAGCGUGAAGGACAUAGCAAUGUUGAUCGUAUGAAGGUGCCUGUAAGGUUAGGUGCUACUAAGGAUCGAACUUACGACUACAGGAGAGAGGAGGAAAAGUAUGCUGCACUGAGUGAAAAAUACUUUGUUAAGCAAGUGGGUAGGGCAGAAGAGAAGUUUAUCGAAGUGUCUGAUGAUGAAUCUGAUGAUAUCACAACAUUGAAUGAUGAUGUUGACGAAAUCACGUUGAGUGGCCUGAAGGGUACAUAUAAGUUACCUGGUAAAAUUGCAAAAAUGUUGUAUCCCCAUCAGCGUGAAGGACUUAAGUGGCUCUGGUCUCUUCAUUGUAAGGGUAAAGGUGGCAUUUUGGGUGAUGAUAUGGGUCUGGGAAAGACCAUGCAGAUGUGUAGCUUUAUAGCUGGAUUAUUCCACUCAAAUUUGGUUCGGAGGGUUUUGGUUGUUGCUCCAAAAACACUAUUAACGCAUUGGAUAAAUGAACUAUCAACAGUUGGGCUCUCUGAGAAGACGAGGGAGUACUUCUCAACUUGUACAAAAACUCGCCAUUAUGAGCUCCAAUAUGUACUUCAGGAUAAAGGUGUUCUUCUGACAACAUAUGAUAUUGUCCGGAAUAAUACAAAAUCCUUAUGUGGGGAUUACCGUUACAGUGACGGAGAAGAAGAUGAAAUGACAUGGGAUUAUAUGAUCCUUGAUGAAGGGCAUCUGAUUAAAAAUCCAAGCACACAAAGGGCUAAAAGUUUGCUUCAAAUACCUUGUCGGCAUCGCAUCAUUAUCAGUGGCACCCCACUCCAGAACAAUCUCAAGGAACUUUGGGCUUUGUUUAAUUUCUGCUGUCCUGAGCUCCUUGGUGACAAGAAAGAGUUCAAGGAAAAAUACGAGCACUUCAUCAGCCGAGGAAAUGAGAAAAAUGCAUCUGAUAGGGAAAAGCGUAUUGGUUCAUCGGUUGCCAAGGACCUGAGAGACUGUAUUCAACCAUAUUUUUUAAGACGAUUGAAAACUGAAGUAUUUCGUGAUGAUAGCACGCUUUCCAAGAAGAAUGAGAUUAUUAUAUGGCUACCGUUAACUCAAUGUCAGCGUCAAAUCUAUGAAGCUUUCUUAAAGAGCGAGAUUGUCAUCUCAGCUUGUGAUGGUUCCCCGCUUGCUGCACUUACGAUAUUAAAAAAGAUAUGUGACCAUCCACUUCUGUUGACAAAGAGAGCUGCUGAAGAUGUUCUCGAAGGAAUGGAUUCAAUGGUGAACCAAGAAGAUCAUCGUGUCGCUGAAAAGUUGGCAAUGCACAUAGCAGAUGUUGCCGAGAGAUUUGAUGUUGUCGACAAUAAUGAUAUGUCAUGCAAAAUAUCAUUUAUAUUAUCAUUGCUGGCUGAUUUAGUUCCAAAUGGACAUAAUGUGCUUAUCUUUUCACAAACACGGAAGAUGCUUAAUUUAAUCCAGGAAACAUUGACAUCCAACCGUUACAAAUAUAUGCGGAUAGAUGGUACCACAAAAGUCGCUGAUAGAGCUAAACUCGUAAAGGAUUUCCAAGAGGGUCGUGGAGCCCCAAUCUUCCUCUUGACUUCCCAAGUUGGUGGAUUAGGCCUUACACUUACUAAUGCAGAUCGUGUCAUUGUGGUUGAUCCAGCAUGGAAUCCAAGCACUGACAAUCAGAGUGUAGAUCGUGCAUACAGGAUUGGGCAGAAGAAGGAUGUCAUCGUGUACAGACUAAUGACAUGUGGCACUGUGGAAGAGAAAAUUUACAGAAAACAGGUAUUCAAAGGAGGAUUGUUCAGAAGUGCAACCGAACAUAAAGAACAGAUCCGUUAUUUCAGUCAACAGGAUCUGAAAGAUCUUUUCAGCAUUCCCAAACAAGGGUUUGACAUAUCACCUACUCAACAGCAGUUGCUAGAAGAGCAUGAUCGUCAGCACACAAUGGAGGAAUCUCUUAGGGUACACGUCGAGUUCCUUGAAACUCUCAACAUAGCUGGAGUUAGCCACCACAGUUUGCUCUUCUCCAAACCGGCACAUUUAGAAGCAGUUGAAAUAGAGGAGGAAACAGAAAGGCCAAGAGUGAGUAGGUUUGUGGGGAAUGCAUUUGGACGCCCAUCGUUCGAACGUGAUGUUGACGGGGGCAGGUCACAGUAUGCAUUCAAUCCUAUGGACAUAAAGAAAGUGCAGAGGAAUGCAAAUCCCGACGUUAAGGAACCAACCGAAUAUGAAAUCAGAGAGAGAAUCGAUCGCUUAUCUCAGAUCUUUUCUAACAAGGUGGCAAUCUCUAGGCUGCCUGAUAGAGGAGAGAAAAUACACAGGCAAAUAUCUUCAUUGUACCAUCAGCUUGAUCAGUUGCAAAUGGCAAGAGCAUCAGCAAACAAGGACGACAUUAUUGAAUUAGCAUCUUGCCACCGCCAGAGGCUCACUCACACACCAACGCCGGAGCAUCGUCGGGCUGCCAGCUGGACUCUGUUUAGAUUUAUCUGCGGCGAGAACUUGUUGUGCCUUGUCGCCCGUCGCCUGCGCCGUCCUCCAUCGCCGGCGUCAUCCCCAUCAUCACCGUCGCCCGAGUCAUCGGAAUCCUAUUGCGUCGACCUCCGUUGGAAUCCUCAAAUUUCGCCAGAAUCCUGUCGCGUCGCCCUCCGUCGAUCGCGUCUCACCGUCGCCUCGACUUCCGCCGGAAUCCUGUCUGCCCGACAGCCCAUGAGCUGCCACACUCAGCUCACAUACAAUUAUCACACACAAAAACCACGUCCGCGGUCCGCCACCAUCGUUUCACACAGCCACCCCCGCGCCGCCGCCGCUGCUGCUCACGUCCUUCCUGCAGCUCAAGCAAGGCCAUCGUCGGCGUGA